CUGGUUUUCGCCGGAGCUUCCGCCUCAGCAGGCGAGACAAGAAGACCAACAAGUCCAUGUAUGAGUGUAAGAAGAGUGAGCAGUACGACAUGGCUGACGUGCCCACCUACGAGGAGGUGACUCCCCACCGCAGGCAGAGCGGGGCCAAGCACAGGCUGGUGGUCCUCGUCGGUGAGUAACACACGACAUGGCAGAGCUGGGCCAAGCUGCUGUCCUAGUCAGUGAGUAACUGACUACUGCCACCAUGGGCCACUGGGGAUUGCUGAGCUGUUGAACUUGGCAAGGCAGAGGCCAUCGUUUAAGUCUAAAACUGGUUUCCCCAUAGAGAGAGAGUGUGGAGCUCCAGUCAGUCAGAGUUCCAGGCUCAGCCUUGCCCUCACACAGCCAUAACCCAGAAACAUGCUCCCGCCCACACGCAAGCCCCCUUAACUUUUAAUGCCCUGGUGGAAUAUGACAGCACAGGGCUAGCUGGCUGGGGAUUUAUUCAUAUUUAGUGCUUUUCAUUUACAGCACCUUGCUCAGCUCUAAAUGUCCCUCUUUUUGUUAUACUUGACAGAAUUGUUAACACUUGCCUUUAAGGCUGGUAUUACAAAGUCCUCCAGAAGGCUUAUUAAGUGCCAAAAUCUUGAAAUGAAGUUAGCUUUGUUUUUAUUCCUUCUUUUGUAGUUUAGAGAAAAGCAUUGUGCCAACGACUGGUGGAACAAUAACGUUAAGCCCAGGUGCAACUGAAUUAAGACCUAAAACCUGAAUAUAAAUAUUGGAUCUAUUAUUGCAAAUUACACGAAUAAUGAAUGUAUUCCUCACACGCCGCUUUUUCUUCUCAAGGUUAGCAGUGCUACUGAUCGGUGCAGCUGCAUAUGAAUCGUUCUUCAUUCUGGAGAUAUUGCUCACUUUCUAUUUUAUGCUCUUAUUAAGAGAAUAAAAAGUGAGGCUUGUGUUGCAGUAUGUCUGUUUAGCAUGAUUGACCAGGCCUUGGUACGGUGACACACAGUGGUAUGGACUUCAUCAUAACGUGUUGCUAAUUAGCUAGCCCAUUUUCUUGCCAGGCAGCAUGUCAGGCUGUGCAACACAGCGGACGCCACGGCCUCUCUCUCUCUACAAUGCACAUAACCUCUCCUCUGUCUCGCUAAUGUAAAUAUUUUCAAUUCACUUCUGUAAUUUGGACGACAACCUAUGGACAGUUUCACACCUAACGAAGCGAAAGGCCAAGGAAAGAUCUGUUUUAUGUUUCCUCUUUAUGCUUUCCUUUCCUUUUUCUCUCUGGAGUUCUCUCUCUUUUUCUUAUUAUGAGUUACUCAUGAGCAAUUCUCUCUCUUUCUCUCUCCUCUCUCUCUCCCUCCCACCAUCUCUUUCUCCAUUGUAAACGUCAGGCGCCUAGUGGUCCAGGAGAAAGUGAAGUAGGCGUGUAGGUCCUCCAAACAGGACCAGGUUUUCUGUGCUUGCCUUGGCCCCCUUCCUCACUCCUCUUUCCACUCCCCUCACAUAAACACACACACACACCACACACACACACCAGGAAGGUCCCUGGAGCAUCCAACGUCCCUGUAGUUGUUUAUCCAUCUAUGUGGAUGAAAAGGAGUCAACAAAUGAUCUCCAACCAACAAAGUAGACCCUAUUAUCUACUUACUCUUAUUAAAAUGGAUGUGGAGGACCGAGAGAUUGUUUAUCUGUUUUUAUACAUUUUUAUUUUAUUUUUCAGGCAUGGUUCGUAGUAGGGUGAAAUGGCCUUAGUGUUCCGCAUAUAAUUGUUGUCGUAUUUGUUGUUGGAGGAGGCUGAGGUUACCCUAGCCCUCUGGAUGCCUAGCUGGCUGGGUGGUGGAGGUUGGAUAGGACUCACAUCGCCCCUCCACUCCCCCUCAGCUCUAACGCUAUGUGAUGUGCUCUCCGUUUGGCCUGGAAGUUAUUAAGCUCCAGAUAUUAAAGGCUGUUUCUCUAAUGAGGGCAGUAAUGCAGUCUGACACUUUUACUGGCACUGCAACCUGCCUGAGGAGAGAGGGCAAGAGCACCAACCCACCACACCGCGCUCACUCCCAAAGGAGGGAGGGAGAGAGAGAGAGAGAGAGGGGAGAGAAGGGAGGAGGGGCGGCGGCAUAGAGAGAGGAGUGCUGGAGCACCGACCCAACAUGCUCCCUCCUUCCCGAUGGCUUCCAGAGAGAGAGGAGACUCAAUUUAACACAAUACACUAUACCAAUCAAGUAUAAUUCAGAAACAUUUGCAAAGAAAUAUGCUUUUUUAUUGGGGCAUUUUGUUUUAUAAGGUCACCAUUGUAUUGGAGAUUGUUAAAAACAAACAAUGCACAAUAGAGCAGGCCUGUUUCUUUCUGCUAGUUCAGAAAGUCAGACCACAGUGCAGUGUGUUCUUUGCUCCAGGUUAUAUAGGCCUCACAGGCAGUGUGUGUGUGUGUGUGUGUGUGUUGGUGCGUGCACACAGGCAGUGUACUGAUUUGGCAGACUGUAGCGCGACCAGAAUAAACCACAGGUCUUAAUGGUUGUCCGAUAUAUUCUAAAGCAUGUCCUCCACCGUACAUCAGACGUAGAGGUAGUGAGAGGCUGUGUCCCAAAUGGCACCAUAUUCCCUUCCCUACAUAGUGCACUACUUUUGACCAGGGCCCAGUAGCACUAUAUAGGGGAUAGUGUGCCAUUUAGGAUACAGCCAGAGAAAGAGCGAGACAAAGAGAGAACGCCUGCUGGCGAGGGAACGAGGUAGAAGGUGCGAAUAGUUUAAUGAGAGCUGUAGAAGUGUAAGGGAGCGUGAGCCGUUUGUCAUCCCACGGUGAGGUGCUCGUAGUGGGGCCUGACGCCGCCGGGAAGAGGGGCCAACAACCACUGAAACGGCCACUACCGCUGCGCCGCAAUGCUUCAGACAAACAACGUGUUUGAACUAGAAACUAUUCCCUAUGGUGUCUGGUCAAAAGUAAUGCACUAUAAAGGGAACAGGGUGCCAUUUGGGACGCAGUGCUAGACUUGUGGCUGGGGGGAGCAGCCCGCUCCUCUGUCUUGAUCUUACCACUGUGCUGAGAUACGGUUAAUAAAAAGGCCUGUAUUACCUCGCUCCAGCGCCUUUAACACCUACAACAACACGCUCGAACACCGCUGACACACACACACACGUUCUUUUUAAACAGCACAGUCACAUUCCUUGUGGUCUCUCGAAACAAAUUUUAAAAGUGAACUCUGUUUCCUCAUCUUAAUAAAUCAACACGGAGGAGAGCGUCAUGACCCGUUUGGACUUUUUCUCAGAAAACUCUCCUGAAAGAUUGAUAGCUGUCUUCACGUGGCCGUGUGCUGUUUAUGUGAGACGGCGACUGCAGUUCACUAGGGCCGGUAGGCCCUCACUUUUGGACGAUAGCUCUUUUUUACAGAUUUAAAAAAAUAUAUUUUUUUUUACAUGGAGAAUGAAGGAUGCUUAAUGUGCUGAGGAAACAGCUUUUAUCACUUACAGGGACCAUGUGACGGAGAGGACAUGUGUGGCCGAGCGCUAAACUAUUGUAGGGCUCAAAUGGCUCUGUAUUACCUCUGUAGUGCACUCCUUAUGACCAGGGCCUGUAUUACCUCUGUAGUGUACUCCUUAUGACCAGGGCCUGUGCGUGUGUGUGUGCAUGUGCCUGCCUAUGUUGCCAUGUGUGUAUGGAGAAAGACUUUAUCCCUUCAGGAAGAGACACUGCUUCGUGGCCUGAGGUGGCUCUCUGUCUCUCUUUCUCACACACACACACACACACACUCUUAAAGGCAGUCUUUGUUCACACCUGUUUGUCAGAGCAGCUUAAAAUCUCUCUGGAAGGAUGGACAGGAAGUGAAAUGUAGGUGAGCACACCAGAUAGGACAGACAGACAGACAUGAUGACUAAUGUCUAAGAGUACAGCGCUUGUGUUCAACCUCCUCUUAUAACCCCACCACCCUCUUUUUUUUUUUUUUUUCACUCUCUUUUUCCACCUCAUCCACAUCAGUGAGUGAACUCAAUGUCCAUUUGUUUUAGAUGGCGGCCUGCUAAACACAUUUGCCUGCGAAAAUGAAUUUCCAAUAGGACCCGAUGCAUUUGUAGCGGCUGCCCAGAACGACAAGCAUGUCAGGAAUUCCAUCCAGGAUCAACCCUGCCUUUUUGCCAUUCUACAGACGGAUUGUAGGGAGCUGUAGGGCUUCCUGCCGCUGUAACGCUUCUAGAACCAGGGGCGUGGAACCUUGUACUUCCAUAAUUGAUUCUUGUCCACACUAUUUGAAGACAUCGAUACAGAGUCUGUUUGAAUUAGCCUCAUAUCAGCCUGGCUAUUCCUGCUGACGUUAUAUAGUAUAGGUUUCAGGCAGGAGACGGGGGAGAGAGACGGGGAGAGGGGAGAGGAGGGAGCACCAGCUUUUGUGUUUUGGAAAAGUUGCAAGGCUCUUGAGCCGCAGACAAAUCAAUAUUGCAUUACUUCUCCCUCUCUCCCUCUCCCCCCCACCCUCUCUCCCUCUCCCCUCUCCCUCUCUCCCUCUCUCUCCAGUAGAUGUGAUGAAAACCCCAGCUGCCCACUGAGAUGGGUCCUUGUAGAUUUUUCAGGCUGUUCAGGGAAACACAACAGAGUGCUCUCUUGGCCUGUUGGUGCUGCACUCCUCUCCUCCUCUCACUCCCUCACUCCUCUCCUCCUCUCACUACACCUCAGUCAUAUUUACAGUAGUGAGAGCACAGAGGGCUCGGUCAGUGAGUUUCACAGUCUGGCCUUCUCGGUUCCGAGCAUGAAUGGACUUAGCCAAGGUGUGUGUGUUUGUAUGCGUGUCUGCCCGUGUGUGUGUGCUUGGGUCUGUAAACACCAUCACACAUUUAUCAGUGUCUCUUAUUGGCUGAUGGGAUGGAAAGAAUUCCGCUCUGCUGUGUCCCGUCCUGGACCAGACCUGGCCUCCACACUGCCUCGCUCCUACGGCCCGGCCGCUCGCCCACAACUCCUUCAUUAUGGGGAGGCGGUGAUGACUGCUUGACUGAUGAUGUUUUAAUGAUCAAAAAAUAAAAUAAAUUAAAACUAUUUGUCACAUGCCGAAUACAACAGGUGUAGACCUUACUGUGAAAUGCUUACUUACAAGCCCUUAACCAACAAUGCAGUUCAAGAAAGAGUUAAGAAAAUAUUUACCAAAUAUACUAAAGUAAAAAAUCAUAAAAAGUAACACAAUAAAAUAACGAGGCUGUAUACAGGGGGUACCGGUACCGAGUCAAUGUGCGGGGGUACAGGUUAGUCAAGGUAAUUUGUAGGUAGGGGUAAAGUGACUAUGCAUAGAGUAUGAAAAUGUAUGCACUCACUAACUGUAAGUCGCUCUGGAUAAGAGUGUCUGCUAAAUGACUAAAAUGUCAAAUGUAAAUAAUAAACAGCAGGUAGUAGCAGUGUAAAAACAAAUGGACGGGGGAGGUGUCAAUGGAAAUAGUCCGGAUGGCCAUUUGAUUAGUUGUUCAGCAGUCUUAUGGCUUAAAGCAAACAUAUUUGCUUUAACUCUUUCUCUCUCCGUCCUUCUCUCUCUCUCUCUCUCUCUCUCUCUCUCUCUCUCUCUCUCUCUCUCUCUCUCUCUCUCUCUCUCUCUCUCUCUCUCUCUCUCUCUCUCUCUCUCUCUCUCUCUCUCUCUCUCUCUUUCUCUUUCUCUUUCUCUUUCUCUCUAGGUCCCACGGGGGUAGGUCUAAAUGAGCUGAAAAGGAAACUGCUGAUCUCUGACCCUCAACACUUCGGUGUGACCGUGCCACGUAAGUCCACCCGACCCGUAGACUAGACCAGACUGGUGGUGGGGUGUGUCUAAUGGAGACGUGGAGUGUGUUGGGGGGGUGGUUAGUCUGAGUUUAGACCCCCUCUCCUCUCCAUAUGUUUCUGAUCCUUUUGUUGAUGGAAGACAGACAGACAGACAGACAUACAGGAAAGAGACAGAAAGUUACUAGGUGAGCUGUUGUCAGGUGGUCAGCAGGACGGAUGCUCCUGUCUUUGUAAUUCAUAAAUACCGGAAGCUCUGGUCUGUAUCAGAUGGUUAUGGAGACAAGUUGCUCUGGUUGCAUCCCAAAUGACACCCCGUUCCCUAUGUUGUGCACUUAUUUUGACCAGAGCCAAUAUGGAAUAGGGUGCCAUUUGGGAUGCACUCUGGCUGGAUUCCCACAGUGAGCUGAACCCUCAUACACAAUGACUGGUACUGCAUUUACACUGAAACAUAGAUUGGCUGUACGCUGGCACAGAAAUGUAAACGUAUUUGGUGCCAGGUUAGAUUGUCACUAAACUGAGGCCAAAUGCCGCCUGUGAUUUUAACUGGUAAGAAAUCAGACAUCACCCUGGAUGAAUGUUGUUUAGCUUUCUGCAGCCAGUUUUGUUGUUGCCUUCGUGGGUGUUGGUAAGGGUGAAGGUCCAUAGACCCAUGCAUAGACACCCACUCAUUCACAUACACACACACACACGGAGCUGUCUGGGGGUGACUAACGCCAAGACAUUGUUCUCAGGCUGGGCGGCUGUGCGUCUCAAGGCCCCGGGCCUCUAGGCAGACGCACACACCCUCUCUCACACACACACACUCCACCCAGGCGAGUGGAGUGGUUCUCCUCCUGACUGUGUAAUUGUCCGUUUAUCGCGGGCCGCAUGACAAGCCCAGAGUGAUGAAGGAAACGCUGCUUUAUUUUCUACCUCCUGAAGAAAUGCCAUUCCACUGCCUCAUGUUUUGGCACAACCACCACGCUCCCUUACUCACCCUCUCUGCUCUCUCCACCUCCAGCUCUCUCUCCCCGACCACGCUCCCUUACUCACUGCUCUCUCCACCUCCAGCUCUCUCUCCCCGACCACGCUCCCUUACUCAGCUUCUCGCCUUCCCUCAGCUCUCUCUCCCGACCACGCUCCCUUACGCCCCCACUGCUCUCUCCACCUCCAGCUUCUCUCUUCCCGACCACGCUCCUUACUCACCCUUGCUCUCUCCACCUCCAGCUCUCUCUCCCCGACCCGCUCCCUUACUCGCCAUCUCUGCUCUCCACCUCCAGCUCUCUCUCCCGACCACGCUCCCUUACUCGCCCUCUCUGCUCUCUCCACCUCCAGCUCUCCUCCCCCGACCACGCUCCCUUACUCACUGCUCUCUCCACCUCCAGCUCUCUCUCCCCGACCACGCUCCCUUACUCACUGCUCUCUCCACCUCCAGCUCUCUCUCCCCGACCACGCUCCCUUACUCGCCCUCUGCUCUCUCCACCUCCAGCUCUCUCUCCCCAACCACGCUCCCUUACUCACCCUCUCUGCUCUCUCCACCUACAGCUCUCUCUCCCCGACCACGCUCCCUUACUCGCCCUCUCUGCUCUCUCCACCUCCAGCUCUCUCUCCCCGACCACGCUCCCUUACUCGCCCUCUCUGCUCUCUCCACCUCCAGCUCUCUCUCCCCAACCUCGCUCCCUUACCACGUUCUCCCCCUCUUCCUCUCUCUCUCCCCUCUCCCUCCAUCUAUAAGAACUAAAUGACAGCUUGCCAUAAUUCUGAACACCAUCCAGCCACAAUGCUGGUUAUGACUUAGCCUCAAACCACUGCCAAGGUUUUUCAGUUUGUAACUUUUAGUAUUUUUUUAUUUUAUAUUUAUUUUUUUAGCAGCAAAAACUAUUUCUGAGCCCACAUGCCCGAACCAAGGCCAACGUGUUAGGAAAAAUGAAUUGGUUUGAUUUCUGUAUUUAAGCAGGACACAGCCAGAGUAAUUGCAUAUUUACUGCGGGCUCGCUGGGAAAUGUGCGAGGAGGAAGGGAUAAACGGAAUCUGUUGAUAUUAAUUGCCAUGUUUGGAACAUGCAGCAUGGCAUAAUGGAUGUGUCCCAUUCUGUGUCUGACACUUGAAAUGUCACUGGUAUUAAAAUCCCUUCGCAGUCACUCUUUUUCCCAUAAUAACUGCUGUUAAUUGUUCACAAAUGUGACCCCUGGUUCGAUGUCUAACCUCUUAUAGACAACAUAUACAGUGGGGGAAAAAAGUAUUUAGUCAGCCACCAAUUGUGCAAGUUCUCCCACUUAAAAAGAUGAGAGAGGCCUGUAAUUUUCAUCAUAGGUACACGUCAACUAUGACAGACAAAAUGAGAAUUUCUUUUCCAGAAAAUCACAUUGUAGGAUUUUUUAUGAAUUUAUUUGCAAAUGAUGGUGGAAAAUAAGUAUUUGGUCAAUGACAAAAGUUUCUCAAUACUUUGUUAUAUACCCUUUGUUGGCAAUGACACAGGUCAAACGUUUUCUGUAGGUCUUCACAAGGUUUUCACACACUGUUGCUGGUAUUUUGGCCCAUUCCUCCAUGCAGAUCUCCUCUAGAGCAGUGAUGUUUUGGGGCUGUCGCUGGGCAACAUAGACUUUCAACUCCCUCCAAAGAUUUUCUAUGGGGUUGAGAUCUGGAGACUGGCUAGGUCACUCCAGGACCUUGAAAUGCUUCUUGCGAAGCCACUCCUUCGUUGCCCGGGCGGUGUGUUUGGGAUCAUUGUCAUGCUGAAAGACCCAGCCACGUUUCAUCUUCAAUGCCCUUGCUGAUGGAAGGAGGUUUUCACUCAAAAUCUCACGAUACAUGGCCCCAUUCAUUCUUUCCUUUACACGGAUCAGUCGUCCUGGUCCCUUUGCAGAAAAACAGCCCCAAAGCAUAAUGUUUCCACCCCCAUGCUUCACAGUAGGUAUGGUGUUCUUUGGAUGCAACUCAGCAUUCUUUGUCCUCCAAACACGACGAGUUGAGUUUUUACCAAAAAGUUAUAUUUUGGUUUCAUCUGACCAUAUGACAUUCUCCCAAUCCUCUUCUGGAUCAUCCAAAUGCACUCUAGCAAACUUCAGACGGGCCUGGACAUGUACUGGCUUAAGCAGGGGGACACGUCUGGCACUGCAGGAUUUGAGGUCCCUGGCGGCGUAGUGUGUUACUGAUGGUAGGCUUUGUUACUUUGGUCCCAGCUCUCUGCAGGUCAUUCACUAGGUCCCCCCGUGUGGUUCUGGGAUUUUUGCUCACUGUUCUUGUGAUCAUUUUGACCCCACGGGGUGAGAUCUUGCGUGGAGCCCCAGAUCGAGGGAGAUUAUCAGUGGUCUUGUAUGUCUUCCAUUUCCUAAUAAUUGCUCCCACAGUUGAUUUCUUCAAACCAAGCUGCUUACCUAUUGCAGAUUCAGUCUUCCCAGCCUGGUGCAGGUCUACAAUUUUGUUUCUGGUGUCCUUUGACAGCUCUUUGGUCUUGGCCAUAGUGGAGUUUGGAGUGUGACUGUUUGAGGUUGUGGACAGGUGUCUUUUAUACUGAUAACAAGUUCAAACAGGUGCCAUUAAUACAGGUAACGAGUGGAGGACAGAGGAGCCUCUUAAAGAAGAAGUUACAGAUCUGUGAGAGCCAGAAAUCUUGCUUGUUUGUAGGUGACCAAAUACUUAUUUUCCACCAUAAUUUGCAAAUAAAUUCAUUAAAAAUCCUACAAUGUGAUUUUCUGGAUUAUUUUUCCUCAAUUUUCUGUCAUAGUUGACGUGUACCUAUGAUGAAAAUUACAGGCCUCUCUCAUCUUUUUAAGUGGGAGAACUUGCACAAUUGGUAGCUGACUAAAUACUUUUUUUCCCCACUGUAGUAUACCAGACCUCUGGGUUUCAUUGAGAGGGAAAAGCGUCUCGGAAAGUAUCUCUUUCCCCCUUUUUAUUUGAUCACUGCCAACGUUGGCCUACAGAUAACACUUGCUGUUGUUUCGGAUUAAAAGCCCAAAAAGCGUUAGCCCCUUUUGUUAAUUUGAAAAACAUAUUUCUGAAGACCACCAUAAGGCUUGUGUUCUCAGUUAAGGUCUUUUAUACCCUCCAUGUGUGUGUAGAAUGUAAACCAUCCUUCAGCCUGCCAGUCAGUAACAAAAGCAGGGAUUGCAAUGAGCCAUUAGGAUGGAUAGGGGUUAAACAUUUUGAUUUCAGGCCAGAUUUACUGACAGAUAUUUUCCAUGAUUGGGGAAUGAAAUUCAUUUCAGAUUCCUUUGUUGCACGGUAAAUACUUCCUAAACAACUGAGCAGAUGCUAAAUAAUAUAUAUAUUGUAUUGGUCUGACUCUAUGUACUGAAAGACUAUCUUAUACAGUUGCGCAUACUGCUCAUUGCGGCUUCUGAGGCAUAAAUAUAUGUUAUCUUAUGACGGUCUGGACUCGUAGUUUUUUUCCAACUGUGGCUGAAGAUGUAGGCCUAUUCUGUUGAUGAGUAAUUGAUUCAUUGCAGAGGCCAGUCUUCCUCCUCUCUUUCGGGAAGGAUGGAUUUACAGUUUUCAAACUGAGCUACAUAUCCAGUAAAUCACUUAAGUUGUUCGUCCGUGAACUCCACUGGCCACGCACAUAAAAACACACAGUGUGGAAAAAGAACUCGUCAGUCCCUGUCCCUCCACUCUGUUCCGACGACUGAGGCCACAUCCCAGAAAUAGCCACAUCUUAGGCACACGGCGAGUUAGGGAAAGAAAACUAGGAAGGAACUGUAAACCUGGCGUGGCGGUUGUAGGAACGGUGAUAAAAGUUUAAUAGUUUGUUUUGGAGCUGGAAGGAGCGUGCGGCCAAUUUGUCUGAAGCGUGUAACGGAGUUGACCUCCGACCCCUGUAUCUCUCAUUAAACAAGCGGCAGUUCAAUGUCCACAGACGGCACGGCGGGACCUCUCGCCCCUCGCAAAUCCACUCGACCCUGGCUUCGCUGCUCAUACACACACAAACACUGUGCUGCCGCUCUGCUGCCUCCACGUGUCACCCUUUUAAUGGCAGAGGUUUAUGAGGAAGCAAAUGUAGAAAAUGAUCUUAAUGAGAGUUACCCAACUCAAUUACAUUAGCCUCUUAGUCUCCAUCUAAUGGAACUGCUCCUGUGUGCGUGCAUGUGUGUACACUAUUGACUGUUUUUUAAUGUGCCAAAUUGAAUGUUCCUCUGUAAACGUUGACUACUGAAUGUCAGUAAAGUGUCUGAGUCUAGUGGUGCCCUAGCCACUAGAGGUUCUCAAUCAUACACAAGGCCUAGCUCUGAACACCAACAGUGCUGUGUGUUUUACUGAGAAAUUACUGGGAUGGUAAUAAGGAAUGAUUCCUGUCAGAACUGUGACUCAGAAUGUCUGGAUUAGUAGUGAUGUCUCUCUCUCCCCGUCUCUCUCUCUGUCUCUCUCUCUCUGUCUCUGUCUGUCUGUCUACUACAGACACCAGCAGGCCGAAGAGGAACCAGGAGAAUGACGGGGUGGAGUAUCACUUUAUCUCCAAAAAUAUCUUUGAGACGGACAUCCACAACAACAAGUAAGUAUACUUCUGAAACCGCAGUCAUCUAUAACCAGCACUAAUACCACCUCUAAUACAAAACAAACCACGUCAAAUACAUAUUAUCUGCGUCCAUCCAUUCCCACAGGCACAACAACUGCAGUGUAACUAAAACGCACAGCUCUUACAUUGGAGAUCUCAUUCAGUACCUCUUUCUGGAAUCAACCACAUUCUGCCAUCUCCUCCCUGGCCACUAGGGGCAGUGUAACUAAGAGACAGACUGGUGAAUGACCUCAGCUGACGUGAGCAGGGUUCUCUAUAAAUAGACCAGGGUUCUCCCCUAUGACUCUCCCUGACUGAGUGUGAGGUGGUGUUGACAGGGCCAGGCCCUGGCUUGGUAAAAAAGCUAUUCUACAAAGGGCCCCAAGGUCACAGAGGGCCCCGCUCUGCCCUGUGUGCAUGUGCGUGUGUGUUUCUUUGAGGUGGCCCCGGGCCCCGCCGCUGACACUCACACUCAGGAGCCGCUCUCACAUUAUGCGGGCGGACAAAUUGAAACAGAAAUGAACAUCCUUAGUGAUGGAUGCCUUUCCGGCUGUCUCGCUCCCUACGCACACACAACAGGAUGGCUGGGGUGCUGAGUGUGUAUAGAGUGUCAGUGCAUGCAGAAAGAGGCUGGGACCAGGGUAGGUUGUUUUAUUUUUAGGGCUGGCUCAGCUGUGGUUGGUCAUGGGGCACGGCAUGGUAUGUCUGUCAGGAAGUUUAGAGUUAGGGGUGAAUGUUGGGACUGUGAUGUGGGACAAUCCACACACACACACACACACACACAAACACAAAUUACAAGGCAGUGGAGAGAGGAGAAGAGUGAGAUAGCCUUGUUGUUUGCAUUGCGCUUUGGUGCAUGCACUCAUAACAAUGUACACACACACACACACACACACACACACACACAGAAGCUCUCUCUCAGUGCCAGUAGAGAAAUGGGCCACGGACAGUAACUAGCAGUGCCUGAAAGUGUGUGUAACUUUCCCAAGGAAAGCCCUGUUCCCUGCAAAAAAUGGAUAGCAUCCAUACAUUCCCAAUUUAGCUGAACCAGUCUUGGCAUGCUACACUUCUCAACAGUAGCUCUCCCAAUCUACAGUAUAGAGCAGCACUUGUGACAACAAACAGCAUAGUAUUUUGCAGUGUAUGGCUAUGGCAUGCCUUUUUAAACAUGAAAUUAAAUGAAUUUCCCAUAACCAAAUAUAAGAGCUUGUUAGACUACAGGCUCCUUUUCUGAAACGGAAUAAAAUGUUCUUACAUGAGGCAAUUACUAUAAAAUGUGUUUUACAUGGAUUUUAGUACUGCAAGUACAGACAUUCAGCCCAAUGAUCAUCAGGACCAGUCUGAUGGAGCAUCCCAAAUGGUACCCUAUUCCCUACAUAGUGCACUACCCUAUGCCCGUAUGGGCCUUGGUCAAAAGUAGUGCACUAUAUAGGGACUAGGGUGCCAUUUGGAAUACACACUUUGUCUACAAACACACACACAGUCUUAUUAUUUAGAAAUGUAAACUUAGUGAGACACACACACUACACACAAACACACACACGCAUACACACACACACACACACAUACACACUAGACACGCUCCUGGCAUUCUCCUUCUACACUUUAAACAAACAGGUGUUACUGAUUUAAAGUGUAGCAUAGAAGAUUAUAUAAAGGGUUAUUGUGCCAGACUGUCUGGAUUUGUGUUGUACUGAAGAAUGCUAUCUGAGGAUCCGUCAGUGGUUGAUAGAGUAAUCCUUAGUCCCUGUGGUACUGUAGGCUUUUAUAAUGGCCUUAUUCUGAACAGAAUCUCAGUUAGGAGUGCGUGUGCGUGUGCGUGUGGAUAGUGUAUAUAAAUAAGAAAGGAGUGAACUGAAGUGCCUUAGAAUAAGAUUAUAAUACAGUUAGUCCUCAGGGUAGGUGAAUGAUACAUUGGUUUUAUUUGACAUUAAUCUUAAUGUUAAUCCCAGCCUGUAGUUGUAAAUGAUGUGAGUGAAACCUUUACUCACGGACCUCCUCUUAUGCUUUUUUACUCCCCUCAUACCUCUCUCUCUCUAUGACUUUCCCUCUCUGUGUGGAUGUGUGCUGCAAAAUGAAUUGCCUCAUUGAGGACAUUAAAGUUGUUCUAAUCUCUCUCUCUCUCUCUCUCUCUCUCGAUCGCCCUCAUCCCCCUCCCUUCUUUCUUUCUUUGCCCUCUCUCUCUCGCCUCGCUCUCUCUCAUCCAUCUCUCCUUCAUCUCUCUCUCAUCUGCUCGUCCCAGGACCCUCUCUCAUCUCUCUCCCUCCCUCCCUCUCUCUCUCUCUCUCUCUCUCUCUCUCUCUCUCGCCCUCUCCCCCUCCCUCUUUCUUUUCUUUCUCUCUCUUUCUCGCUCUCCCCCUCUCUCUCUUUCCCCUCCCUCUCUCUCUCUCUCUCAAUUCAAUUAAAUUCAAGUGGCUUUAUUGGCAUGGGAAACAUAUGUUUAUAUUGCCAAAGCAAGUGAAAUAGGUAAACAAAAGUGAAAUAAACAAUAAAAAGUGAACCGUAAAUAUUACACUCACACAAGUCUCCCUCUCUCUCUCUGUAGGUUCAUAGAGCAUGGAGAGUAUAAAGGGAACUACUAUGGAACCAGUUUGGACUCUGUGCGUUCUGUCCUGUCCAAGAACAAGGUGUGCCUGCUGGACGUUCAGCCUCAUGUGAGUUACACAAGUCCCUGACCCAGUCACAAUCUUCCCUUACUUUCCCUCUAUCCUCUAUCCCUUCAUUCUUUCCCUCUACCCUCCAUCCCCUCAGUCUUUACCUCUACCCUCCAUCCCCUCAGUCUUUCCCUCUACCCUCCAUCCCCUCAGUCUUUCCCUCUACCCUCCAUCCCUUCUCAGUCUUCCCUCUACCCUCCAUCCCCUCAGUCUUUCCCUCUACCCUCCAUCCCCUCAGUCUUUCCCUCUACCCUCCAUCCCCUCAGUCUUUCCCUCUACCCUCCAUCCCCUCAGUCUUUCCCUCUACCCUCCAUCCCCUCAGUCUUUCCCUCUACCCUCCAUCCCCUCAGUCUUUCCAUCUACACUCAUCCCCUCAGUCUUUCCCUCUACCUACAUCCCAUCAGUCUUUAACCUCUACCCUCCAUCCCUCAGUCUUUACACUCUACCCUCCAUCCCCUCAGUUUUCCUCACCCUCAAUCCACAGUUUUCAUAUCACACCUCCACCCAGUCUUGUCCCAUAACCCAACACAUACCCAGUCUUUACCCUCUACCCCCAUCACCUAGUCUUUCAGCACAUACCUACCCUCCAUCCCACUAAGAUGGUCACGUCUAACCACCAUCCCGUAGUCUUUACCUAACCCUCAAUAACCUCAGUCUUCCCUAUACCCUCCAUCCCCUAAAUCUUUCAUACCUACCCAAUCCCCUCAGUGUCUCUCUACAACGCCAUCCACCUCAGUCUUUACCCUCUACACCUACAUCCCCUCAGUCUUUCCCUCUACCCAUCCAGCUUUCCCCUAACACCUCAGUUCCCUUACCUCCAUCCCCUCAGUCUUUACCUCUACCCUCCAUCCCCUCAGUCUUUCCCUCUACCCUCCAUCCCCUCAGUCUUUCCCUCUACCCUCCAUCCCCUCAGUCUUUACCUCUACUCUACCACUCCUUUUCCCUACCAAUGUCAUUCCCUUCAUCCCGUGCAAUAAAGUUUUUACUGCGUUAACGUUCAUAUAAGGAAAUAAUUCAAUAGAAAUGAAUUCAUUAGGCCCUAAUCUAUGGAUUUCACAUGACUGGGAAUAGAGGUAUGCAUCUGUUGGUCACAGAUACCUUUAAAAGAAGUAGGUGCGUGGAUCAGAAAACCAGUCAGUAUCUGGUGUGACCACCAUUUGCCUCAUGCAGCGUGACACUCUCCUUCACAUAGAGUUGAUCAGAGGCUGUUGAUUGUGGCCUGUGGAAUGUUGUCCCACUCCUCUUCAAUGGCUGUGUGAAGUUGCUGGAUAUUGGCGGGAACUAGAACACGCUGUUGUACACGUCGAUCCAGAGCAUCCCGAACAUGCUCAAUGGGUGACAUGUCUGGUGAGUAUACAGGCCAUGGAAGAACUGGGACAUUUUCAGCUUCCAGGAAUUGUGUACAGAUCUUUGAGACAUGGGGUCGUGCAUUAUCAUGCUGAAACAUGAGGGGAUGGCAGCGGAUGAAUGGCAUGACAAUGGGCCUCAGGAUCUCGUCACGGUAUCUCUGUGCAUUCAAAUUGCCAUCAAUAAAAUGCAGUUGUGUUCGUUGUCUGUAGCUUAUGCCUGCCGAUACCAUAACCCCACCGCCACCAUGGGGCACUCUGUUCAUAAUGUUGACAUCAGCAAACCGCUCGCCAACACAACGCCAUACAAGGGGUCUGCGGUUGUGAGGCCAGUUGGAUGUACUGCCAAAUUCUCUAAAGUGACGUUGAAGGCAGCUUAUGGUAGAGAAAUGAACAUUCAAUUCACUGGCAACAGCUCUGGUGGACAUUCCUGCAGUCCGCAUGCCAAUUGCACGCUGCCUCAAAACUUGAGACAUCUGUGGCAUUGUUGUGUGACAAAACUCCACAUUUUAGAAUGACCUUUUAUUGUUCCCAGCACAAGGUGCACCUGUGUAAUGAUCAUGCUGUUUAAUCAGCUUCUUGAUAUACCACACCUGUCAGGUGGAUGGAUUAUCUUGUCAAAGGAGAAAUGCUCACUAACAGGGAUGUAAACAAAUUUGUGCACAAAAUUUGAGAGAAAUAAGCUUUUUGUGCGUAUGGAAAAUUUCUGGGAUCUUUUAUUUCAGCUCAUGAAACAUGGGACCAACACUUUACACGUUGCGUUUAUACAUUUGUUCAGUGUAUAUCCCUUUGGCACCUCUCUCUCUGCCUAUCUCCUGGAGGAAUCUCAUCAUUCAGAAGACUUCAGAGGCAGCCGCGGCUUUCUGUAGGCCUUGGCUGCUUACUGGGUUACCAACCAAACCCGGCUUAAAGGGGCAUUUUUAGCAGCAAUUACCGCUAAUGUUCCUUAUUUCAAGAUUUCCUCUUUGGCUUAUGUGUCUGGGUGGUGGUGAUCUGCCUCUCUUAAGUGGCCUGUAUGUCGCUGAGAGCCCACAAACCCCACAGUUACAAUCCACAGCCUAGCACCCACCCUGCCUCAACCCUGCCUCUCGCACACACACACACACACACACACACACACUUGCAUGGGCCCCAUAGGCAUCCUCUGUUUGUUUUCUCUGAGUAAAUAAUCAUAUAGAGGCUGAAAUACAUUUAUAUAGAUUACUGGCAUGUUUUCAAACCGUCUCUCCCUGACCAAGUAGCAAGCAGUUAACUGAGCCCCUUGGUAGCCCCUGCUGUGUGUGUUUGUGUACAUGUGUUUAUAUGUGCGUGGUCGCACUUGUCUGCGCCUUUGUGCUCCCUUCUAGCUCUCUACCUCGCUCAGUAGUCGUUCACAUGAGUUUCAAAUCAGCUUGUUGCAGAGCAAGGGAUGUUGACUGGUCCCAUGCUGACCGUCUGAGCGUCAGAUGAAAGCUCUACUCUCCUCCUCUUCUCUCUCUGUGAUGGAGAUGAAUGGUAGUCUAGCUCCACUUCCCUCCUGGCUUCUGCUCCUGUCUUCGCUUGCGUCCCAAAUGGCACCCUAUUCCCUAUCUAGUGCACUUAAUAGGGAAUAGGGUGCAGUGUUGGACGCAGACUUCGUAUCGGCCCAGGGUUUCUGACCCGCUCAGCAGAACACAGCGAGAGGCCGUGGUAUCGGGCCCAGAGGGAGGUGGACCGGCGUCGGUUAACACUGCUCGGCUGCGUUUCAGUACACACACACACACACUGCUACGUGUCAACGCGACCCAGCUGUGUAACGUGUCAUCGCCUCUGCACUGUGACAGGCUAGACAGACUGAGAUCUGGGUCUAAUUCCACUCUGCGAUAUCUCCAACCAGACACUCUCUUCUUUUCUCUUUUCCUCUCCUUUCCUCUCCUCUCCUAACUGUGUUUUCUCUUUCCUCUGUGUGUUGCAGACGAUAAAGCACCUGAGGACGGCGGAGUUUAAACCCUACGUGGUGUUCGUGAAGCCACCACCCAUCGAGCGCCUGCGGGAGAGCAGACGGAACGCUAAGGUCAUCUCAGGCAAGGACGACAAGGGAUCUGCCAAACCAUUCUCCGUAAGUAACGUCAGCAAAAACGUUUCAAUGUUUUGGUAUUGUCAAGAGAAGCCUUUUCACCUUGUCAAAAAUCUCAGUGACAGAAAAGUUUGCAUCUUUUGAAGUAAAAGACUUCGUAAAAGUAAAAGGCCGUUUUUAAAAUGUCACACAAUGUCAAAAAGUUGUCCACAGAAAUGACUGGCUUAAGCACACUUUCCUCUCAGAGAGGUCUGUCCUCUGCAUGCAGGGUAAAUGUGACGUGGUGGGAAGGAUCAAAUGUGAUCCAGUGGUGUAAAAGAUCACAUAUUUUGAAGAACAGUACUCAGGUAAAACAGGCAGUGUUUUAGAAUGUCAAACAACUUUUUUUUAUAUAUAAGAAAUCCACAGAAUGGAUAAUGAUUGGUUAAUUGCAUUGGAAGCACACUUCCCACUCAGACGUCUUCAGUAAAAGUGAUGUGGUAUGUGUGACUGUGUGCGUGCGUGUAAUGUGACGUUAUAAGGUGGGAUCAAAGAUGAUCAAGCCGGGUUAAGAGUACCACAUGACCUAGUUGCUAGUUAUCAGAAGCCCCCUUUAUCUGGGGCUCUGGGGGAGCUAGUUUUGGUGGUGAGGUCAUACUUACUACACACACCUUUCUGCUGCAGGCUAGGGUGUGUGUGUGUAUGCGGGCGUGUGUGUGUGGUUGUGUGUUACACACCUUUCUACCGCAGCAAGUCACAGCUCACAGCCGCUUGAACCCAAUUAGCCGUGGCGCGUUGCCGUGGGGUUGGCGUAGGCGUGUGGCAGCUGAUGGAUUUCCCAGCCCACCGGGUCAUCAGGUCCGGCGCUCGCGUGUCUCUCCCUCCGUUGGGGGCACGCUACGGGCCAAAACCCAGGCCACAGCCACACGCAAGGCCGGGAUGGCGUGAUAUGAUGACACGAGAGAGGAGAGAGAGAGAGGGAGGGGGGGAGAAAGAGAGGGGGGGGGAGAGAGUGAGGGGGGACGAGAGAGGGGGAAGAGAGAGAGGGGGGGGAGAAGAGGGGAGAUAGGAGAGAUGUGGGAGAGAGCUCGGGAUAAGGGGGAAAACGAGAGGAGGGGGGGGGUGAGGGGGAGGAUGGAGGGAAAAGUCUAGAGAUGGUCUCCUUUCUUCUGUUCGUUGCUCUUCUCGAUGGUUCUUUCUUGGAGCGUCUCUUUUAUCGCCCUCCCGUCUGUUUCCCAUCCUGCGGGAGCAGACGUCUGCCGGCAAGAGGGGAGAGGAGGGUCGUGCUGUCAUGUUUGUGUGCGUUGAUGCUUUCCACGCGCCCGCCCUGAAGGUCGUGUCAACCGAGCUGGGGGAGGGGAGGGGAGAGGAGGAGGAGGAGGUGUAGCCGGACGGCCGCAGGUGCAGAUCAGAUCGGCGGGCGGCUCAGUGUGGUGUCUGCCUCGGCCUUCGCAGCCCCGCAGGGCUCCGGGCCGCUCUCUGCCUUUCGUCUGUUCUCUCUCCCUCUUUCUCCGUCUCUCCCUCAAUGUGUGUCUGCUCUUUUCAGCUCAGAGCAUCAGAGCCUGUACCAAAUCGCUCCCUAGUCCCUAUAUAGUGCACUACUUUUGUCAAAAGUAGUGCACUAUACAGGGAAUAGGGAGCAAUUUGGGGCGCAGCCUCAGCCCCACUUUGAGGUGUUACUCAACACAUACCUCUGUUUUCACCAUGACCUAACCUAACACAAAGCCCAGCACGGCUCUGGAAAAGGACAGGGUUAGACACAGCAGCUCUUAACUCAGAACAUCCUUCGUUGAGCCGUCACUAAGUUGUACCGUCACUGUUUUAAGCACAACAUGUCAGAGGGACAGCAUCUAUUUUUUAAAAUCAUCCUUAAAGCAUUAAAUGAUUACAUAAAUUCAAUGGUCACCUCACUGAUAUACUGACAUAAUGCAUUAAAGUCGGUAGCAUCACUUUUUUUCUCUGACCCCAUACCAGUCAUUUACAGACUACAUCUCUGAGAUCUCUGAUAUGUUUUUGUUUUAUCUCAAUAAGAAAGGCUCUUGGGCUAGAGGACAUAGGUAAACAGUUCCAUCAUGCAUGAUGAUGACCAUCCUGGGGGUGAGUGGUCGAACAGAGAGAGGUCAGAGGUCAUGCUAUCGACCUUUGUAUGACCUUUGGGUUAAAGUCACCCUCUGCUCUCAGUAUGACUCCUAUGAACAGUAAGCACUAGUUGCCACAAACAGGGCAGACUGACAUUGAUUACCCUGGCCUAUAAUACCUUUAUUAGAUUCAGAGCUCAGGUAACACAAAUCCAACCUAAGCAUUUCUCUUUGUUACCAGGUUUGAAUAUUUCCAGUUACCAAAGCCCUUUCUGUGACCUUUAUAUAUAUAUAUAUAUAUAUAUAAAAUGAAAUAAAUAUAGAGAUUGACAGACAGCGUUUUAAACCAUCAGAUCCCAGCUAUUAAAGAAAGAAAGGCUUUGCUUGGUGAAAAUGUCACGGCUGGAUUUUAUUCUCAGCCUGCUAUAUUUCUUUCAGUAGAGACGAAUGUCAGAGACAGCAGGUCUGGUCAUUGUACCAUCCAGACUACUGGAGAACAGACGGUUCAUUGUUUUAACAGAGCCGUCUAUGCUUUAUUUUACCUGUAUGCAUUCAUAUCUGUUUUCAAAUGGGGCUGACGCGAAAUAUGAGCCCCAAAUCACUUUCUGUAAUACGAUAAUGAAUAUGUCCAUAUUCCUAUUCCUAGUAAGAGCAGUAUCAUAAGUAAAGGGAUCAUUAGGUAGGUCUACUUACUGGUAUCUUACCUUUCCCUCUAGCCAAGCAAUGACAUUCUGUCUUCUUUGAGAAAGAGUAAAUCAGGGACCUCUUGCCGAACCAGAUCUGUUCUGAUAUUUUAUAUCAUUUUAAUACAGAGGGCAGGUGCAUUUUAUGUGUAUGAAUAAAAGCUGAUUUUCCGUUGAGGGCCUGACCUCAGAGGGGAUGGCCAAGGACUCCUGCUGAUGGCCAAGAGACAUCAGGACUGAGAGGAGACCUUAUCCUGGCUCAGUACCAUAGAUCUAUCUCUUUCUCCCUCUAUCUAUCUUUCUCUCUCUCCCUCUCCCUCUCUCUCUCUCUCUCUCUCUCUCUCUCUCUCUCUCUCUCUCUCUCUCUCUCUCUCUCUCUCUCUCUCUCUCUCUCUCUCUCUCUCUGUAUCUCUCUCUCUCUCUCUGUAUCUCUCUUUCCGUCUGUCAUUCUUUGUUUUUUCCGUCAGUUUUUUUCUGUCUGGUUCUCUCAUUCUUGUUCUCUUUCUCUCCCUCCCUCUCUCCCCAUAAUGUGAAAGGUCACCCUUACCUGGCCUGCUAUGGUCAUAGAGAGGGAGACUUUCCAUGUCAUGGGCACUGACCGACUGGUCGACAUGGAAACGGCAUACACAGCAUCUCUAGGGCUCCUUCUGUCCAUGUCCACCCCACCGUCCUGUUGCCAGUUCCUGGUCUAAUGUCCAAAGGGUUGGAGAGCUGCUGGCAGCAAUAGCUGGUAGUGUGUCCCAAAUGGCACCCUAUUCCCUACAUAGUGCACUACUUUUGACCAGAGCCCUAUGGGAAUCGGGUGCCAUUUGGGAGCACCCUGGGUCACUGUGUCCACAUCCAACCUCCAUCCUUUCCAAGGGCUGACCACAGAGGAAGGCUACCAAGGGUCAGCAGCCUCGGAUCACUGGAGGGAAUAUACGGUGUACAGACGGACCGAACCACUUCAACUUCCUCUCAGCCCUGACCAACAAACCUUCUGCUCCCUCCUCAACCUCUUCCCUUCCUCAGAGACGGAGAAUGAUAAAACCAUCAUGUCUUCUCACAAAAGACAAUAGACCGUGAAAUAAUGUGGGUUGAUUUUUUACUGCCUUGUACAGUAGACAGUGAACACAGGGGGAGAGAAAGCUGUGCAAGGGCUGUGUCGGAGGCAGGGUGGUAUGUUUGCGGAGACUGGCUUGAAAACUAGUUAUUGUCGUGUCAUGGCGACCGUUUAAUUUUAGCUGCACGACUAAUCAACUAUGAGGCGGAAAACCGCGAGCAACAGACUGAAGUAACUCCUGGCUCGGAGCUUUGAGGCCGACGAAAAGGAGACAUUCUAAAAUUGUAGGUUUUAAUGAGUUUGUGUGUGCAUCAAUGUGUGUGUGUGAACGCGCAUGCGUCAAUGUGUUUGUGUGUGUGUGCGCAUUUGCAUCAGUGUGUGUGUCUGUGUUCCUGCUUAUGAAUGUGUCUGUAUAUAAGUAUUUAUAUUUAUGUGUUUGGCAGAGUCAGUGACCGUAUCUCAGUGGAGAUCUGAAGCUCAGUAUUCCUCUAGUAAAAGGAGCUAGCUAAAUGUAGCUAGCCGCUCUAACCCUGCCAUGUUCCCUGGGUCUGAGGCAGGAAUGGACCAGGCCAUAUAAACAGAUCACCGUGCGGUAUGAUACCAUGCCAUCAGAGAGGGGAAACUGUGAGGAGGUAGCUAGCCAGGUCCCAGAUCUAUGUGUGCUGUCUUGCCAACUCCAUUCACGCCAGUGGCCAUAGGAGUUGCAAAACAGCACAAGCAGAUCUGGGACCAUGCUAGCGGAGAGGCCUGGAGUUGUACAGAUACUAGGUUCAUGUGCUCAAGCCAUUUCCAUUUCUGAAGCCCUCCCAUUUUUAAUGCCUUGUCCACAAGCUGUCUUUGGCCUGUCUCCAUAAAACCAAAGAGGCAUGUAUCAAUUAUGGACCUUUUACUUGUUUUGUAUGUCUCUUUGUCAGUUAUGGAUAUGUUUUUUCUUUUUCUGUUUUUAGGCAUAUUUUAUUUUUCUUCUGAAUCGGAUAGGCUAUGUGUAGCCAAAUGAGGAAAUUAUGAACAUUCCUUGAGGUUUUGGACUUUUGUAAAGUGUACUAGGCUAUGUGUGGGUGUGGGUGUCCUUCAGUUACACAGGGCUGUUUGGGUCAGUCUGUUUAUCUGGGUGUUUAUGGCUGUUAUGUUUGUGUUUAUGUGUGUGUCUCUGUCGUCACUGAGAUACUCACUUACUCAUGCCCUUUAUUCUUCAUAGGUCAUAGACAAAAGCUUGUCCCGAAGAUAAGCAGAAAAUAGAUUUCUCUCAAAAUUCACGGUAAAAUAUAAACUCCGUUUAUUAGGUACACCCAUCUAGUACCGGGUCAGACCCCACUUUGCCUCCAGAACAGCCUGAAUUCUUUGGGGCAUGGACAUGUUGCUCAAUUGGUAUCAAGGGACCUAACGUGUGCCAGGAAAACAUUCACCACACCAUUAUACCACCGCCACCAGCCUAUACCGUUGACACCAGACAGGAUGGGGCCAUGGACUCAUGUUGCUUACGCCAAAUCCUGACCCCUGCCAUCAGCAUGACGCAACAGGAACUGUGACCAGGCAAUGUUUUUCCACUCCUCAAUUGUCCAGUGUUGGUGAUGGCGUGCCCACUGGAGCCUCUUCUUCUUGUUUUUACCUGAUUUAGUCCAUCCGUGACAAGGACCGAUGAGUUGUGCAUUCUGAGAUGCCGUUCUACACACCACUGUUGUACUGCGCCAUUAUUUGCCUGUUUGUGGCCCGUUUGUUUACUUGUACGAUUCUUGCCAUGCUCCUGCGACCUCUCAUGAGCUGUUUUCGCCCACAUGACUGCCGCUGACUGGAUGAUUUUUGUUUGUCGCACCAUUUUCAGUAAACCCUAGACACUGUUGUGCGUGAAAAGCCAAGGAGGCCAUCCAUUUCCUAGAUACUGUAACCGGCGUGCCUGGCCCCAACGAUCAUACCACGCUCAAAGUCGCUUACUGUAGGUUACUCGCUUUGCCCAUUCUAACGUUCAAUCGAACAGUAACUGAAUGCCUCGAUGCCUGUCUGCCUGCUUUAUAUAAAAAGCCACAGCCUUGUGACUCACUGUCUGUAGGAGAUAACUAUUUUUGUGAACGGGGUGGUGUACCUAAUAAACUGGCCUCUGAGUGUAUAUUUUAUUACAUUCUAUUCUUGUCCAAUAGGAGGAGGACUUCCUGGAGAUGGUGAGCACCGCCCAGCAGAUGGAAAGCCAGCACGGACACCUGUUUGAGAAGAUCAUUGUUAACGACGACCUGACGGCGGCAUUCAGCGAGCUCAAAGUGGCUCUGAAGAAGGUGGAGACAGACAGUCACUGGGUCCCCAUCAGCUGGACUCACUCC